AUGGAUUUGAUAUCGUUGCCACCGUGCUCCAGACGCUUGGAAAUGACGACGCCGGCGACCUCGGAGCAACCACUGGCACUUUCGCCCGCUUCCAGCUCGGCGAUUAAGAUCUCGACGACAUUCUUGAAGACACCCGUCAAGACGGACCAGGACAUCCUGCAGAACUCUAUGCUGGAAGACGACCCGAACUCAAACAGCAUCCUGCUCGCCGGUCCGCACGCGAACCACGCCGGCGGUGGCAACCUCGAAAAGCGACCACGCUGGGGACCGCAGCACAAGGGAGCGCAGGAGCUAGCGAAACUGUACAGCAGUGGCAAACGGACGCAGGAGCUGGUCUGCGUGUACAUCUGCAUCACGCUGAUGGUGUUGAAUCUCGCCCUCAUACUGCGCCACUUCCGGUUCGAGCGCAUCAGCAACGUGGUGGUGGCCGCCAUUUUCGGCAUCCUAACGGCGGACUUUGGCUCGGGCCUGGUGCACUGGGGCGCCGAUACCUGGGGCUCGGUCGAUCUCCCGAUCGUUGGCAAGAACUUUUUACGACCCUUCCGGGAGCAUCACAUCGAUCCGACCUCCAUCACGCGGCACGACUUCGUCGAAACGAACGGAGACAACUUUGCGGUCGCGCUCCCAAUCCUCGGGAAGCUGGCGUGGAACUUUUUCACGCGAACGAACGCGGAAAUACAGCAGGACUAUGCCAUCAGCGCGUAUCUGUUUCUCUGCUCGAUCUUCAUCGCCAUGACGAACCAGAUUCACAAAUGGUCCCACACGUACUGGGGUCUGCCGGGCUGGGUGCUGUUCCUGCAGCGGCACCACAUCAUCCUGCCGAGACGGCACCAUCGCAUCCACCACGUGGCGCCCCACGAGACGUACUUUUGCAUCACGACCGGCUGGCUGAACUGGCCGUUGGAGCAAAUCAAAUUCUGGCCAACGCUGGAGGCGAUCAUUGAGCUGCUGACCGGCCACAAGCCGCGUGCGGACGAUCUGAAGUGGGCCCAAAAGCGAGCCUGA